UAGAUAUAGUUGAUUCUUUUUAGUUUUUAAAGGCAUCUGCGGCCGAGCUUAGCUGCUGCCGCCACCAUUCGUUGUAUUCAAAGAACGUAUUCUCACCCUUUUCUUCUCUUCUCUUACUUCAAUCUUACGCUAAACUUGGGCUCCGUCGAUGGCGGACCCUCCUGUACGAGAUAAUUUCCCGGAUUCCCGACUGGAAUCCGACGCCGGAGCAGCCUUCGUUCUUGAAUCAAAAGGGAAGUGGUGGCACGCUGGGUUUCAUCUGACAACGGCGAUCGUUGGGCCCACGAUUCUGACGCUGCCGUACGCCUUCAGGGGAUUGGGUUGGGGACUGGGUUUCUUGUGCUUGACGGUCUUGGGAUGUGUCACCUUCUACUCCUACUAUCUCAUGUCCAGGGUGCUCGAGCACUGCGAAAAAGCUGGCCGCCGCCAUAUCCGUUUCCGUGAACUCGCCGCUGACGUUUUAGGGUCUGGUGGGAUGUAUUAUUUCGUCAUAUUCAUCCAAACUGCUAUAAAUACGGGGGUUGGAAUAGGAGCAAUUUUGCUUGCAGGGGAAUGCCUUAAGAUCAUGUAUGAAAACCUUUCUCCAAAUGGAUCGUUGAAGCUUUAUGAGUUUAUAGCUAUGGUGACAGUGGUGAUGAUAUUUCUCUCCCAACUUCCUUCCUUCCACUCCCUCAGACAUAUCAAUUUUGCUUCUCUUCUUCUCUGCUUGGGGUACAGUUUCCUUGUGGUUGGUGCUUGUAUUCAUGCAGGUCUAUCCAAAAAUGCCCCCCAUAAGGACUACUCCUUGGAACCUUCAAGUUCAUCAAGGGUGUUUAGUGCCUUCAUUUCCAUGUCCAUAAUCGCUGCAAUUUUCGGGAAUGGGAUACUUCCCGAAAUACAAGCUACUUUGUCUCCACCUGCUACAGGCAAGAUGGUAAAAGGACUGCUGGUGUGUUACGCCGUAGCGUUCCUUACAUUCUACUCGGUUGCGGUCUCCGGAUACUGGGUAUUCGGCAACGAAUCUAACUCGAACAUUCUUAAGGGCUUGAUGCCAGAUGAAGGACCUGCCCUGGCUCCAACCGCUGUUCUUGGCCUUGCAGUUAUCUUCGUUCUCCUGCAACUCCUUGCUAUUGGCUUGGUUUAUUCGCAAGUUGCUUAUGAAAUCAUGGAAAAACAAUCAGCUGAUGUGAAGCAAGGUAAGUUCUCGAAAAGGAACCUUAUACCGAGGCUAAUUCUCCGGUCAUUGUAUGUGAUAUUCUGCGGGUUCAUGGCGGCAAUGCUCCCGUUCUUCGGCGACAUAAGCGGCGUAGUCGGCGCCAUGGGAUUCAUACCGCUGGAUUUCAUCCUCCCCAUGCUUCUCUACAACAUGACUUUCAAGCCCUCAAGGUCAACCCUCACCUACUGGGUCAACAUGUCCAUCAUCUUUGUGUUCACGGGUGUGGGGAUCAUGGGCACAUUUUCUUCCAUCAGGAAACUGAUUCUUGAUGCCAAAGAGUUCGAGCUUUUCAGCAGUGAUGUGGUUGACUAGCAGCAGUGAUCAAAUACUUGAAAGCAUUAAAAAAUGCUCUCUUUCUUUGGUACCAAAAUCCCCAGAAAUUCUCGCCUUUGUUGUAACCAAGUGUAUAUUUUACGUCAACGUCCUCACAUAAAGUAGCCACCAUAUUAUAUGAUUAAUGUCUAAUAUGUACGUGAAAUUUAUAGCUUUUUUCGAUUUGGUAAAAGAGGGCCUAAAGAAUAUUU